AUGGAGUUCCAGGCCAUCAUCCUCUGUGGUCCGGGGACAGAGCUGGCGCCGCUUGUGUCGCCGUACAUGACGAAGGCGCUGCUACCGAUCGCGAAUAGACCGAUGCUGUAUUACUCGCUGGAGUGGUGUCAUCGCGCUGGGAUUUCUUCUGCGAUCGUGGUGUCGAGCUCGGCUGCUGAGCAAGCGAUUUCACAGUACAUCAAACUGGAGUACAACUCUACGCAAAAGGCGGGAAUGAAGAUCGAGGUUGUUCCAGUCGACGGCGAGACCGCGUUUAUUAUCCGCAGUCUAAAAGACAAGAUCAAGCAUGAUUUCAUUCUACUUCCUUGCGACUUCGUGACGGAUCUGCCGCCGCAGACGGUGGUGGAUAUGCAUCGGAAUCAGCCGGUGAAGACAAUAGGGUCGGGGAUAUGGUACAAGAACACGCUGGACUCAAUAGACAAGAAGACGCUGAAGCCUAAUCUUACGAUCCAUACUCCGCUGGGAAAACCUCAUCCGCGACUGCUGGACGUAUACCCGCGACCAAAGGGAAGCGACCCUUUAACGGUGCGGAUGUCGAUGUUGUGGGAACACCCGCAGGCCACGAUCUCGACUACCGUCCUCGAGGCCUUCAUUUACCUCUUCUCUCGCCGCGUGCUGGACGACGACGGAGACCUCUCUAGCUCUGCCACCCUCGCCGCCGCUGCCGCAACCACCACUACCACCACAGCCGCCGCGUCCGCAUCCCCAACCGCCACAUCUACAUCCACAUCUGCAUCGACCGACCAGUCCUCCUCCGCGCCGACGAACCCCGCCGACCUACCGAAAUGGAAAAAGUCAUGGACCGCGCUCGUGCGCGACAUCGCGCGCGACUCGUGGCGCCACCGCGACUCGUCCUCGCGCGGCACGGUCGGGUUCUACGUCGUCCCCGCCGACUACAGCUUUCUGCGCUGCAAGUCUGUGUCCGCGUACUUUGAAGCCAACAGACUUGUGCUCAAGCAAACGGCGUACACACCCCCGCCCUCGACGGCGACCGCGAAAGGCGCGGUGAUUGGUCGCGACUCGUUGAUUGGGAUCGGCACCGAGAUGGACGAGAAGACGAAUGUGAAGCGGAGUAUUGUUGGCGCGGACUGCAAGUUUGGACGCGAGUGCCGAAUUACCGGUUGUGUGAUCAUGGACGGCGUUACGGUCGGGAAUGGCGUGCAUUUGGAUAAUUGCAUUAUCGCGAAUGGCGUGAGUGUUGAGGAUAAAGUGAGGUUGAGCGGGUGUACCGUCGAGGGACGAUACAUCGUCUCCAUGGGCACGCAAUCCAAAAACGAAGUCCUGCGCGGCUACAGCGCUGAGGGCUUACUCGACAGCGACUCGGACGCGAUCGAGAGCUACGAUUCGGACGAGGACUCGGACGAAGACGAAGACGAAUCCGACGACGAUGGCGAGAUUAACGAGAGCGAGCUCGAGCAGAGCGAGGGUGAGGGCAUCGAGUACGAUGACGACGAUUUCUUUGAUCGUGGGUAG